AUGCCCGUCAAAGUGGACAUAACGCCCAGACCUCCGGCCAACUCGAAACAACUAGGGGUCACCGGGUCUAUACUGUACAGCGGAUCGAAAUUUCAAGGGUUCCAGAGGUCCAAAGGCAACAGCUACGAGGUGGAAGUCGUACUGCAGUAUGUCGACGAGCAAAACGGUUAUCUGUGCGGUUAUCUAAAAAUUAAAGGUCUCACUGAAGAGUUUCCAAAUUUGACUACUUAUUUCGACGGAGAAAUCAUUAACAAAAAGUGUCCUUUUUUGACGAGAAAGUGGGACGCUGACGAAGAAGUCGACAAGAAACAUUGGAACAAAUUUGCUGCAUUUUGUCAGUACGCCAAGACAUUCAAUUCGGAUGUAUUUGACUAUGACAAACUAAAAAAUGCUGAUCAUGUAUUCAUGCGGUGGAAGGAGCAUUUUCUAGUACCCGAUCACACAAUACGCGACAUCAGUGGUGCGUCAUUUGCUGGUUUCUAUUACAUUUGUUUUCAGAAAUCAACUUCUUCCAUUGAAGGGUAUUACUAUCACCGGAGUUCUGAAUGGUAUCAAACACUAUGCUUGACCCAUGUCCCAGAACACAGUACUCAGAUCUAUGAAUUUAGGUGA